AUGGAUCUCACCUCUGCUCUGGGAGGGUACACUGAUCUCAGACUGAUAAACGGUUCAGACUCUUGUUCUGGUCGAGUUGAACGUCAGUACUUCAGUAAAUGGGGCACAGUGUGUAAUGCAUGCUGGGAUAUGAGAGCUGCCAGUGUCCUCUGUAGACAGCUGAAUUGUGGGAUUGCUGUGUCUGUUGUGGGAUCAGACUGGUUUGGAGAGGGAAGUGGAGAAAUCUGGGCUGAUGUGUUUGAUUGUGACGGGAAUGAAACAAAACUCUCAGAAUGUUCCAUCUCUUCAUGGAGUCGAGCUGAACGUUCUCAUAGACGAGAUGUUGGAGUCAUCUGCUCUGAUUCCUCUCUGGCUGUUCAUGAUGGUCUGGUGCGGUUGUCUGGAGAGAGACAGUGUGAGGGGGAGGUGGAAGUUUUCAUCCAUCAGGUCUGGAGGAGAGUUCUGCUGGACUCCUGGAGUCUCACUGAAUCCUCUGUGGUCUGCAGACAGCUGGGCUGUGGCUCUGUGCUGAACUUCUCCAGCUCCUCUUCAUCCAGUCCUGAACACAGUCAUGAGUGUGUGACGGGCUUCCAGUGCUCUGGGAGUGAAGCUCAUCUGGGGAACUGCAGCUCUCCACAAACUCUCAACUGCAGCUCCACACAACAGCUGUCAAUCACCUGCCUUGGUCGUGGGUCCAUCAGGCUGGUGGGUUCUGGGGGAGACUGUGCAGGGAGGCUGGAGGUUUUUCACAGCGGCUCAUGGGGGACAGUGUGUGAUGACUCCUGGGAUAUUAAAGAUGCCCAUGUGGUGUGCAGACAGCUGCAGUGUGGAGUGGCCCUCAGUAACCAGCAGGUACCAGCCUGGUUUGGUCCUGGUUCUGGACCCAUAUGGCUGGAUGAGGUGGAGUGUGAGGGGAAAGAGACGUCACUGUGGAGCUGCUCUUCUCCAGGCUGGGGAAAACAUGACUGUCAACACAAGGAGGAUGUAGGAGUCGUGUGCUCAAAGUUUAAAGAGAUCAGGUUAACUGAGGGCUGUGAAGGGAAUGUGGAGGUUUUCUACAAUGGAUCCUGGGGAAAUGUGUGCUGGAACAAGAUGGACAGAGACACAGCGAGUCUGAUCUGUCAAGAGCUGAACUGUGGAAGAUCUGGUGCUUUUUCCAGUUCUAUACCAAGAGUGGAAUCAGCUCCUAACUGGCUGGAUGAAGUGAAAUGUCGAACACAUGAUUCAAAUCUGUGGCAGUGUCCAUCUUCACCCUGGGGACAGAAUGACUGUGGUGAAAAUGAAGUGGCUAAAAUCACCUGCUUGGAACAGGAGAGUCAUGAGUCCCCUAGAAGCUCUUUGUCAUGCUCCACAUCUCAACGUCAGAGACAGUGUUCAGAUCAUGUUCCUCUCAGACUGAGUGGAGGGGAGGGGCGGUGCUCUGGGAGGCUGGAGGUGUAUCAUAACUCUGUGUGGGGCUCAGUCUGUGAUGAUCUGUGGGACAUCAGCGAUGCUCAGGUGGUCUGCAGGCAGCUGGGUUGUGGAGCAGCACUGAGGGCUGAUGGGAAUUCAGUCUUUGGUGCUGGUGAAGGUGUUGUGUGGCUGAACGGAGUCGAGUGCAGAGGGAAUGAGAUUCACCUGUGGGACUGUCCUCUCUCCCUGAAGAACCACACUGACUGCUCCAACAAAGAUCACGCUGGACUCACCUGUGCAGAUUUGUCAGUGUCCACUACUCCUGCCACAUCAUCAUCAUCUUCUCCUCCAGUUUCUCAGACAGUGAGCUCAACAUCAAUCUCUCGUUCACAAACUCCUCUGUCUCUAUCUGUGCUUGUGAUUGUACUGGGAGUUGUGCUCUUACUGCUCUUAGUGCCACUGCUUAUACUGAUUCAGCAGAACAGAGUGAUGAGGAGAGCUCUCUCUAAGAGGAGACACAGGACCAAGACUGAGGCCGUUUAUGAGGAGCUUCAUCACAGACCAUCUAACAGACACAGUCUCUUCACUCAGAGGGGAAGUGUCCUUUCUACUGAACAGCAUUCUGGGUAUGAAGAUGCUGAUGAGCUUCUUUCAGCAAAUUCUGCAGUAGGAGCCACACCUGACUAUGAUGACGUCACCACCACUGAAGGACCAGCAGUAGAGCAACAAAACACACCAGAGAAUUAUGAUGAUGUAAUCAUUCCUGAACGGAGACCUCAUGAUACAGAUGACUUAGCAGAAAACUAUGAUGAUGUCAUCAUCAUACAGCAGUUCUCCAAUGAUAAAAAAGAGGACGAUCAGGAGGAGUAUGAUGAUGUGAAGAACGUCAGGGAAAAUAUGAGUGACAUGUUUGACUAUGAUGAUGUGGAGGAAGAUCCAGGAAAACAUGGAAGCGCUGUAUAACUCAAACCACACACACACACACUGCCUCAAAUCAAAGUUUAUAAGUGGUCUGAAAAGUGUUUAAGAUCCUACACUGUAUGUUUUACCUGCAGUCCAGCAAUGUUUUAUGUUUUUACUUUUAAGCCACCACAAUCACAGUCUUUAACAUUUCACAGCAACUUCUACUUAUAAAAAUAUAAUUCCUUUUAAAUGUAGACCCACUGCUGGUGGACUUGUUGGAAUUUACUUUGGGAAACAAGUUUACAAACAGCAGCUUUGAACAAUUAUCAGAAAAGCAUGUUCACUUUAUGUCCUGCAAAAGGAGUUUCUUACUGUCAGAAACAUGUGACUUGCACUGUGAGCUGAAAACCAGAGCUUGUUUCAUGUAUUAGUUUUAGAUUUGCUUGCAAUUUAAUUGUUGUUUUGAAUUGAUGUCCAUGUUUUCUAUUAAAGAGUUAAAAUCAGACUGACU